GAGUCUGAUUGGCUGAGAGACGCUUUCGUGCUGUUCGUGUAUCUGUCGGGGGCGUUUCCAACUGCAGGCUGUUGGACGUAUCCAUGAGAAUAUCGUUACGGUCCCGUCCACACCUCUAUGCCUUAGACUGGUGACCAAUAAUGAGACCAAACAGUCAAGCGCUCAAGCACAAGUCCUCACAUGACACAGAGAGGGAAUUUGGAGGAACGCUGGGUGCCAUAUGCAUUCCCAUCUUUCUUCCCCUGAUGGUGCUCUUCCUGGUCUGUGUGAGUCGAUGCCCUGAGGCCAGUGUGCUCCAAUGGCCUCCUUCCCUCCCCUCCACUGACCAGCUGUGGGACCCUCUGGCCCUUGUGCUGCUGCUGGGCUGGAUCGCUCUGCAUGCCCUCCUAUAUUUGAUGCCAUUAGGAAAGGUAUCUGAAGGAUUAGUGCUGAGGGAUGGAACGCGUCUCAAGUAUCCCAUAAACGGUUUUCAUGGCCUGUGCAUCAGCGGUGUGUUGCUGAUGUUGUUAGUGGGGCUUGGGGCUCCGCUGGGGUAUCUGUUUGAGCUGCUGUUGCCUCUGGCCGUGUGUGCAAUAGCAGUGUCAUUCCUUUUCUCCAUCUAUCUCUACAUCCGUUCCUUUUGGGCUCCUUCCCAUGCUCUCGCAUUGGGAGGCAACACAGGAAAUCCCCUGUAUGACUUCUUCAUCGGGCGGGAGCUAAACCCCCGUAUUGGAAACUUUGACCUUAAAUAUUUCUGUGAGCUCAGGCCGGGUCUGAUUGGCUGGGUGGUCAUAAACCUCGGCAUGCUGAUGAAGGAGGUGGAGCUUCGAGGCUCGCCCUCACUCGCUAUGAUACUGGUCAACAGUUUCCAGCUGCUGUAUGUGGCAGAUGCUCUGUGGAAUGAGGAGGCUGUUCUGACAACCAUGGACAUUGUGCACGAUGGUUUUGGCUUCAUGCUGGUCUUUGGGGACCUGGCCUGGGUUCCCUUCACAUAUAGCCUGCAGGCUGCCUUCCUUGUUGUCCACCCACAGGACCUAAGCUCCCUCAGAGCAGCGGUUAUAAUAGCACUGAAUGGUAUUGGAUAUUAUAUUUUUAGAAAAUCCAAUUCACAGAAGAACCAGUUCAGACGAGACCCUUCACAUCCAAGUGUUGCAAGACUGGAGACCAUCGCCACAGCAACAGGGAAACGGCUGCUGGUGUCCGGCUGGUGGGGUCUCGUUCGUCAUCCCAAUUACCUUGGUGACCUCCUCAUGGCCCUGGCGUGGUCUCUGCCAUGUGGAUUCACACAUCUUUUGCCUUACUUCUAUGUCAUAUAUUUCACUGUCUUGCUGAUUCACCGAGAGGACCGUGAUGAGAGACAAUGUAGGGCCAAAUAUGGACUGGCGUGGGACACCUACUGUCGACGUGUCCCCUACAGGAUCUUCCCUUAUAUAUACUGAAAGGGAAAGUCCACACAAACAUAGCAAUAGCUUUAAAAUUUAAAUUCAUUUUCAGUUACGCAGAGCACACAAGAAACAAGCCGUGGUGCUGUACUGGGAUUCUGCAGGAAGAUCACAGUUUUAAUCAGCCUUAAUACAUAAGGCUGUGGUUCAUUUAUUAAGGAUGUUAAAUAGACCACUAUUUCUAUUUCGCUGCAUUUUGACUUUCAAACCUCACAGGGAUCUUAAAUAGGUGAAGUCUGUCUGUUUCUACAGCUGAAGCAUUCCAGAAUAAAAGCCUAAAGCUGUAGUGAAAACAGUGUUGGCUUUCUGAUUGCUUUCUCAUAAAAAUAAGAUAAGCUCACAAAAACACCCCAUUUGAGAACGAAAACUUUUUAAUAGCAAAAAAAUUCAUUUCCAUGUCAACAUCAGUGCCUUUUUAAUGAAAUGGCUCGCAGCGUUUUUAUCGUGUUUGUCUUUUUUUUAAAUUUGUUAUCUGUGAAAUACAUUUGAAAUAAACAAAUCCAAAACAGUG